UGCCUACACUUCCAGUGCUGUAUUCUUUAUCUGCUGCUUCUGAAAGGGUAGGGAAGGAAAGGAAAAGACAGUCCUGCAUCAAACGAUGUAUGGCUGAGAGCAUCUUCAAAUCCCCACAUGGACCAGAGUUCGCCAUUUCAAUCAUUGAAAGGAUGCAAGCACAGGAAAUUCUGAGGAGUCUGCGGCUGCCUGAAUUUGAUGACUUCAGCCAAUUUUUUCGCAACUUGCCGGCCACCGCGUUAGUGGGCAUUGGUGCCUUUGCAGCUGUUGUCGCAUACUGGUUUGCUAGCCGGCCGAAGGCUGUAAAGCCCCCAUGUGACCUGCUGCUGCAGUCAGAAGAAGUUGAGGGCCUGGAUGGAGCUCGGCGGUCUGUGAUAGGGGACUGCCCACAACUGCUAACUCACUACUACGACGAUGCAAGGACAAUGUAUGAAGUAUUUAGACGUGGAUUCAACAUAUCUGAAAAUGGUCCCUGCCUAGGAUUCAGGAAACCCAAGCAGCCUUACCAAUGGUUGUCGUAUAAGGAGGUCGCUGAAAGAGCAGAAGCUUUGGGAUCAGGAUUACUUCAACAGGGAUGCAAGGCAUCAACAAGCCAGUUUAUCGGAGUCUUUGCACAAAACCGUCCAGAGUGGAUCAUUUCUGAACUGGCUUGCUACACCUAUUCUAUGGUGGUGGUCCCCCUAUAUGAUACAUUAGGGCCUGGAGCCAUUCGUUACAUUAUCAAUACAGCUGAUAUUUCCACAGUAAUUUGUGAUAAACCAGAUAAAGUCAGAGUACUACUGGAUCAUGUGGAGAAAAGAGAAACACCGGGCUUGAAGUCUAUCAUUCUGAUGGACCCUUUUGAGAAGGACCUAAAAGAAAGAGGGAAAAAAUGCGGAGUGCGCAUCCAGUCCAUGCAGGAAGUGGAGGAUUGUGGCCGUGAGAGUCGGCAUGUCCCUGUGCCUCCUCGACCAGAAGAUCUAUCAAUUGUCUGUUUUACUAGUGGCACUACAGGGAACCCCAAAGGUGCUAUGCUGACUCACGGGAAUGUGGUGGCUGAUUUUUCAGGCUUUUUGAAAGUGACAGAGAAAGUGAUCUUUCCGAGACAGGACGAUGUGCUCAUCUCCUUCCUGCCUCUGGCUCACAUGUUUGAAAGAGUUAUACAGUCUGUAGUAUAUUGCCAUGGGGGGCGAAUUGGAUUCUUUCAAGGAGACAUCCGUCUCUUAUCUGAUGAUAUGAAAGCAUUGCAUCCGACCAUCUUUCCUGUCGUACCAAGACUAUUAAAUAGAAUGUAUGAUAAGAUCUUUAGCCAAGCGGAUACCCCAUUAAAGCGCUGGCUUCUGGAAUUUGCUGCUAAACGUAAAAAGGCAGAAGUUCGAAGUGGAAUCAUUAGAAACGACAGUUUGUGGGACAAAAUUUUCUUCAAUAAAAUACAGGCGAGCCUUGGUGGGUGUGUUAGGAUGAUUGUAACUGGAGCUGCCCCUGCUUCUCCUACUGUUCUGGGCUUCCUUCGGGCAGCACUUGGAUGUCAGGUUUAUGAAGGCUAUGGUCAAACAGAGUGCACUGCUGGGUGUACCUUUACUACUCCAGGUGACUGGACAUCAGGUCACGUAGGAGCCCCUUUGCCUUGCAACUUAAUCAAACUGAUGGAUGUGGAAGAGCUGAAUUAUUUUGCUUCCAAAAGUGAAGGAGAGAUUUGUGUGAAAGGACCCAAUGUUUUCAAGGGUUAUCUUAAAGACGAAGAGAGGACAACUGAAGCGCUGGACAAAGAAGGCUGGCUUCAUACUGGAGACAUUGGGAAGUGGUUACCUAAUGGGACUCUUAAAAUUAUUGAUCGAAAGAAGCAUAUAUUUAAGCUUGCUCAGGGAGAAUACAUAGCACCCGAAAAGAUUGAGAAUAUCUACAUCCGCAGUGAUCCUGUUGCCCAGAUAUAUGUUCAUGGAGACAGCUUGCAGGCCUUCUUGGUGGGAAUUGUGGUACCUGAUUCUGAAGUCAUGCCAGGCUGGGCAAAAAAAAGAGGGUUUGAAGGAACAUAUGCAGAGCUCUGUAAAAAUAUGGAACUGAAGAAAGCACUAAUGGAUGAUAUGGUGCGGUUAGGAAAGGAGAGUGGACUUCAUUCUUUUGAACAGGUCAAAGCCAUUUACAUCCACUCCGAUAUGUUCUCAGUACAAAAUGGCUUGUUGACACCAACAUUAAAGGCUAAGAGACCAGAGCUGAGAGAUUACUUCAAAAAGCAAAUACAAGAGCUUUAUUCAAGCAUCUCCAUUUGAAGCUGCAGGAAGGUUCUUCUGAAUAAUGGACUUUGUAGCAAUAUUAGAGUAAUACUCAAAAGUACAGAGCCAGAAUGACAGUUGAAAUGAAUAAGCAUCUGACCUUAUGUCUGAGGUUUUUUGUUGUUCCAAGACUUCACCACUGAUCUAACAGUAAUUUUUCUUUAUCAGCCAUAAUUCCAUUUCUUUUUACAGAACACCUUAGGAGUAACAGCAAAAAAUAUAUAUAAAGUCCAGCACAUCCUAAAGCAAAUCAUAGAAGGUUAUAUUAAUGCCUACAAACAUUAUGGAUUGAACAUAGGGAAAAACAUAGUCUAUAUGUGAUUGUGACUCUAGAUUAGUGACUAAAACCCUGGAUAAUUCAAUAAUGCGGUCUACCUCAAACAAAGAGUGAUGAAUGGUGAAAGUCUGUUUUCCCUGAUCUGGAAUUUCAAGCUGGAUAUUUGUUUGUCUUAUUUUUUUUAAGUGAUUGCUUUUAUACUCUGCAGGGCAUAAAUUCCAUUGACUUGAUUUAAUCAUCCACAAUCUAACUGACAUUCAGAGUAGAAUAAACACAUACACAUACCAACAUAUACCAUGUCACCCAGUAUCCUUUAUACUUAAUAUGCCCAUCAGUGUAUUAUACGUAAUGGAAGAUGCCAGAUUAGUGCCACCUUGUAAUUACAAGAAUAUGUUAGGAAGUUAUAAAAUAGAUCUCCCUGUAUUUCUUUUGCCAGUGUAUCUGCACUCAGUUUAUAGCACGGCAGAUUGUUUUUCUUUAUGGGCCUAAUCCAGUGUAGAGUAUCCAUGAGUGUUACAAUUACUCACAUGAGAGAGACUGUGGAAGCAUUGCUGGCUCUGUGGCUGACUGACCAGUUCAGGAGGAAGAUCAGCCUCCUUUAAGAGCUACUAAAGAAAAAAAAUGCACAACAUAAAGACAGAUGGUGUAAAUGAGGUUGUGUCUAUCUUCCAUCCUCCUGAUUCCUAAUGUAUCCCUUCACAGGCUGCUGGUACUGUGUGAUCCAGUUAAAUUGACUCAUUUCACAGGUGCAGGUAGAGGAAUGGUGCCCUGGCCCAGUGUAUAAAUGAUAAUUAUGGAUGACUGUUAGUGAAACAAAUAUAUUUGGGAGAAGAGGACAGACUCAUAUCCCCAUCACUGACAUGACAUGGUGGUUUGUGGGGUUGUGAAAUAGAGAGGUGUUACUUGUAAGUCCCCAUAUUGGUAGGAAAGAAGAUUCUCCGACUGUUUUCUUCCCCAUCAAAACUUUAUUGUAAAGGGUUGUGAUGGGGCAAGGGACCUUCAAACCUGAACAUGAAGGGAAAGACUGAUAAUUUUACGUUGUGACUACUUUAAAAUUCUUCUUUGACUUCCUGAAGACCUCUGGAUCAUAUGUAGCAAUUGGUCUGGAUGAAGCCUUAGACUUCACCUAUUGUGAAGAAAUUGAAUAUAUCCCAAAUGGAAUAAGAGCAGUCUCUGGAACUAUGGGCUCAGACAUCAUGGCUAUAGGCAUGGUAUAAAUGCUCAGAGAACUAUAAAACUCAUGGAGCCUAUGUAAGUUCCAUGGGCCAAAAGCCCUGAAAGCUUUUUUUAGCUGGAGAGGGUCCUAAAUAUAUAUAUUUUUAAUAACUGCUGUUUGUUGCACCAAUCUGCAUACUAGCAUGGGGCUGCUAGAUGACACGGUUUGCUAGGGCAGUGAAUGUACACUUAUUUUUCUGUCUUAGACUGGAAUCUAUUCUAGGUUUUUAGACUAAAAAGCCUAAAUGAAACUGUUAACCUCAACUGAAACGUACUUUCCCUCCAAGAUUCCAUUGCAUGCUUUAAAAGAAAUGAAAUAAAUUGAAUUAAUGAGUUAGUUCUAUGCAGAGACUGAUUUAUUAAUUUCAGAACAAACUGUUAUAAAUGCAAAGGAGAUUGCAUCUCUUGUACAGAACAUGUUUGUUUGAUUUAUCAAAUGUGAAAGUGUUUAAAUCCCAGUGGAUCUUCAUUUGCAUCUUGUAUAAUCAGGGCAAAGUGAGAGUGAAACACUGCCACUGUGGUCUGUUAGAAUUUUACAUCUUCUAUACACUGGUGUGCAUGAUUAUAUGUAACCCACUGGUGCAUAGGUUCCCCUCUAUGCCCAGUUCACAAAAUAUAUGAGUUGUUGCAGCCAGCAGUUACUCAUUCUGGCUCCUAGCCUCAGCUGCAAUAGCUGCACAGCCUAGGUUCAGUUCCCACUCUCACAGCUGAGGUGGUCAUCACAUGUAGGCAGUGCCAGGCAACGGAGAGUUGGGCCCUUUACCUUUCCUUCGCCUAAACAAAACAGGAUCUAUUUUUAAUAGAGCCUUAUUUCUUAAUUAAGCAGAAAUGUAAAAGAAGCUAUUUUUGGAUGGCCUUUCUUUACAGCAUGAAUUUAAUUUGCUUGCCUUUUCUUCUAAAGUGAUUUCAGUUCGUCUGACCUUUCCAGACAACUGAACUCUAAUUUUGUGCAGAGGAGGACCCUACUUAUGGCCCAGGUGACUUUAUUUUAAAGUAAAAGUAUAUAAUACAUUUUUUCUAUUUGCAUACAAUGUCUGUUUUCUCCCUUUGGGUAUUUAGUAGGAAGUGUCAGGUAUAUUAAAGGUAAGAAGAUGGAAAGAAAAGAAUAGAAAUUAGAAAAUAUGUACAUGACCACACCAGGGUAAAGAAUUUAGGAUGAAAGAAUGGCCACACAGAAAAAUUGCGUAUAUUUUAAAUAACGGGGAAAACUGGGUGAAUAAGCUGUCCCCAGUUCUAUUAUUUUUGCAAUCAGAAGAACUUCCUCUGCAGACCAAUGUUAUAAUGGAUUAAAAUCCUAAAUCUGUGCUUACCAAUGUGAUGGUUUCAAAUGUGCCUCUUUAAAAAUCCAGGAUAAAGAUCCUUUACCUUUUUCUCCUAAUAUUAAUAUAUUUCUUAUGACCAUUGCAAAGAAAAUCCUAAUAAUUAUGUUGGACCCAUUUGCGACAUCCUAGGGUAAUAAGUACAAGCUCCAUUCUGGACCUUUGUCUUAUUGGAAGGUUCCACUUCAAAACACAAGUGGCAUUCAAUAAAAUGGCAGUGUGUGUUGUCCUUCUCCAAAAGGCAAGCCUUUCUAUGGGAUUAAAAAUAAGCACUUUCAUCUUACUACUUGAAGAUAUGGGGUCCGACAUUAAGCUACUGGGUGCAUUAACUGGAUUUGGAAUACCCAGUGAGUAUAAUUUAAUUGAAAUUAAUGGUGUUACACUGCUGUAAAAUCAAUAUGGAUCAGAAUCUGGCCCCUAUGGCGUGCCAGUUGUCCAGUCUCCCUAGAAUGUCAGUGCCUUGAGCAGACUGAUGUGUUGAGACAGAUUUACAAUCCAUUUCCUAGACCUCUGUCUAAUAUGUGCACUGCAUAUUAUGAAGCGUUCUCUUCCCCAUAUAUACUCAAAAAAGAGACUCCUUGGGCCUGAUCCAGUACUACUGAAGUCAAUGGAAAAAUCACUUUUUAUAUGCAUAUAUGGAAACCUGAUUCAAAUAUAUCUUCAAACCAAAUGCCAGUUAGAGAAUUAUGCAAGUUAGUUGUUGUUAAUAUUCAUCACUCAGCAUAUUUCACAGUCAACAUAUCCAUCAUGCUGAAUGAUCAAAGAAACAAAAUAAACAUGAGUAAAACACACAAAAAAUCAGCACUGGGUCCUUAUCCCAUGAGACUGGCAAUAAUGUCAAAUAAUUAUGCUGUACUGAAAGGCAAAAUUACAGGGUAAAAUAUUUGAUAAAAUACAGUAGCUGAAAGAGAUGCUAAUUCCUUUAUUGCUACAACCCUCUUUCACUAUUGUAAUGAUCUCUCAGAAAUAUUAAGGUAUAGUGUCAUUAUUGCCUUGGAUAUGAUUUUGUUUCAUAAAGCAGAAAAAAUGUUUUAAUGAUUCUUCCAGAAUGAAACAAAUUGACCUAUAAAUUUAUUUUCCAUGUGUAAGAAGCACAAACUUGUGACCUAUAUGUAAAUAAGCUACUAUAAAAUGAAUGUAAACAGGAAAAGAGUAUACUAUUUUUGCAUGUCAGCAAACUGCUUAAAGAUGCGUUGAUGUCUCUCAGAAAACUUUGAAAGUUUUUUAUUUAGUAACAAUUCUAUUUGUAUAUUUUCUGUAUUUCUCUUAUUCACUUUUUUAUUAUAAAGGCACAGAUGUAUGAAAACAGGAUCUUUGUUUCUUCUUGGAGUUUGCUUAUUCUUCCUCACCUAUGGGUCCUUGCCUGCAACUAGAUGAAUAUUUCUUUGUAGCUGCUAAGCUAACUUUGCUCCUGUUGGAGUAAGGGAAGCUGAAAGUAUUUAACACUUUGGAGGGGCUAUACAAGCACUUGAAGUAACAAGGACACAUUCCCAACUCAAAAUUUAUUCCUGGCAUCCAUGUGCACAGCCCUACUGACCCCAGCAGAAUUAUGCCUUAUAAGUGGUAGUCUAGCUGAGAGGCCUGUCUGAAUCAAAAUUAGUUCCCAUCAUUAUUUGACAUUUUAAGGAUGGAAGAUCCUGUAUGAAAUUCUGGACCCACAGAAAUCAAUGAGAGUGUUACCCCCAAUUUAAAAUCAUACUUGUGCUUGCUGUCUUUAAUCAAUAAUGGGAGGAGAAAGCCAGAACGUAUCAGCACAUCAGUGGAAACGUUCCUAAAUGCAAUGUUUUCUAUGAUGCAUCAAAACCUCUUUAAGCCCUUCACUUUACUAUACUUUUCUGUAUGCAUUUUAGCAACGUACCUGCAACAAAUGCGAAUAAAUCAGGCAUUUUCCAAAGUGUUGCUUAUUCUAUUUUCAACUAAAAGUGAAGGGGCAUAAAAUGUGACUUAUAAAUAUGUGUAAAAAAAAAAGUAUCUUAACUGUAAUUAAAGGGGUUUUGUUUUUUUUUUAGUUUUGGUAUAUUAGCAUGUAUAUCAAAAAUAUAAAGGGCCUCUACAGAAACUUUUGUAAAGAAUAAAGAACUGUCAGAUUUCUCUAAAUUGCUCAUACAAUAUUGUUGAUUGACAUACAAUAAAAUC